CUCCGACAAGUAGGCAGCCAGACGAAUCAGAUCAGAAAACGCGCACCAAAGAAUCAAAUCAAAUCAAAUCAAAUCACAACAAAUUAAUCAUCUGCAGACCAAAAGUGAUCAUGCAAUUUAGCGGAUGCCUGGCCAUGGUGCUCCUGGCUACCAUAGCCUUAUCUACGCCUAUGCCCAUGGCCAAUGAGGAUGAGCUCGUGGCUCUGGACUCUGUGGAGCAGGUCGAACAGCCGCAGGAUAUGCGGCAUAUCUUGAAAAUAGCGCCCAAACAGGCGGACACCGAGUUGGUUGAGGAUCGAACUGGCGUCUACGAUACCAUAGUCGAGCAGCUGCGCGCCGCCGGCGUACAAACGUCGGAACAGAAGCCAUUGCAAACGCUCAGCUACAAGGAGCUAACUCGUCUGCUGGCUCUUUGGCACAUGACGCAGGGCCGCAACUACUACGAAGCCGAAGGAAAACAUGCCCGUGGUGCGGAACAGUUCGUAGCAGCAGCUACAACACGGCCCAUCGCAAGCUAGGCCACCGAUUCAUCUAUUUUGUAUGUUAUUUAUGACGAACUUUAUUACCAAGCUGUAUCCUUUGUUCAUGUAAAAUGCGUUGCAC